AUGGCGAGCUUCGCAUCAGAGCUGCAAGGCGCAACACCUCCUGUUCCGCCUCCCAAACCUGGUAGCCAUGAGACGAGUCGCAUUGCGACACCAACCUCAGCCGGCGUCCCUCCACCAUCCGAAGGCCGCAUCCCAUCUAAUAAUGUGAAUCCUGCGCCGACAUCCAUACCCGACCCAGGCGAUCAAUGGCUUCCUCGAAUAUUGCAGGAUAAGUCAAAACAAGACUUAGCUGAGCUGCUCGCGAAUCCAGAUCUACUCAAUGCUCUGACACACUCCCCCGAGUCUAUUCACCCAUCUCUACAAGCCUCGCAUCAGGCUCUAUCAGCCGCGCUUAACGAGAACAUUGAGCUCGCAAGCCAACUUACAGAUAUGGAAGCACGGUUAUCGCACCAGCGCGCAUCGACACAGGCGCAGCUUCUCUCAACACAUACACUCGAACGACAAUGGCGGCAGAAGCAGUCUGAUAUGGACCACGCGUUGGCGCCGUUCUCGCCCUCGGCGCUGUACCAGCAAUUAGGACAAGGUGUGCAGGAGCAGGCAUUAGUAUGUGAGGCUAUGGAAGAGAGCUUUCUUGAGGGUGAGGGAGAGGGUGUAGCAGCGACGGAAAGAGAGGUUACAGAUUGGGUGCGUAGAUACCGGGAGGCCAAGGUGCAGUUUUACCUAAGGCAGGAGAGGAAGCAGAGAUGGGAUGAAGGUCGUGUGGGAGGAUGGAGAUGA